AUGGAUUUGGAAACAGCGCGCGCCAAUUAUCCAAACAGACUAGAGAGGUUAGAAGAAGAACGUCUUAUGGACAUGCCUUUCAAUGUUAGUGAACCGCAAGUUGAAGGACACGACGGCUUUGCCAGAUUCUAUUGGAAACAUGACGAACAAUUGCAUCCUUUGAGAAGGAAAAAAGGAAAAGGUGAAGACAAACAUGCUCCCAUGGAAAGAACAAGAUAUGCAUAUGAAAAGUACCGUGAAGUUAGAAGUCAAAUUACAUCUGGUCGAACCUUUACAGUAAACUUUGACGAAGGAAAGAACAAAGAAGGCUUCAUGGGAGUACUUGCUGCCAUACAAGACGGAAAUAAGAAAGGAUACAAUCUCAGAUUGACCAUAACAGAUUUGGAUGGUCACAUUUACUAUGCACAUGGCAAUGUCACAACAGCUGCAAUGCUUCUUGACGCUUUCAAGACUACAAAGAGAGAACAAAUGGUUGACUCCGACUCAGACAUUUUGAAUGCAAUUGAAGGAAUUGCAAGUGUAAAAUUUGAAUGGUACCAACCUAACCCUCAAGCAGUCAGACAACAUGCUGGAUACUUCCC